AUGCAAGCCAUCUACUCCCAGCUUUACGAAUACUCUAUUCAGGAUGCGCACUCGCGACAAAAUUAUCGUUCCGAGUCGCAAUACAUUGUCAUUCCUUCCAUCGGAUCCUGCAUCUCGACAUCCUCGCCGCCGAGGAGGAAUCCAUCAAGGAGUAAGCCAGAUGACACAUCCGACCCCAUCGUCUCGUCCAUGCUCGCCAUCGGGCUCAUCUCUUCCGUGAGCUUUGCAAAAUCGUGGUCGAGCCUCGCAGUCUCCUCAGGCAUUGCCGAGGGCGGCAGUGGCAGCCAACUUAGCAGUGGUAGAUGGAGAGGCGUCAAAAUCUCCCAGCUGUACUCAGCGCCGGGCGGAACGCUCAGGGUCAGCGAGAAGGAGGAAGUACGGCUCGAGGAGUUGAUGUUGGACAAGACGUGA